ACUCCACUUUUGCGCCUUCGGUCAUUUCAACUAAGCGGGUCGAGAGAUGACUGGCGCUUGGAUGGUGUUGGAGGAUGGCUUAUAGGGAAGACACGCCGCCGUGGAAUUUUGGAGCGCUGCGUACUUUCGUUUCAUACAUCUUUACUGAAUCCAUUGAUCCCAGUUCCAUCAUUUGCCCUGUCACAUCGAGAGAUCAUAGUAUCCUCAGUCAUUCAAAGCAAUCCACACCUUUCUAAAUCAGCAUUUCGAUCAAUAAGAAAAAUGAAGUCUUUCGUCGCCAUUCUCCCCUUUGUGGGCUUUGCUCUUGCGCAAGACCAAUGCGGUCCUUUGAGGACCGUCACCGAGACCCAAAUUGACCGCGUCACUGUUACGAUUCCUGCCCCUUCGAGUUCCGCGACAGACGUCGCAGAGGCGAAGAUCAGCCACCGCCCUCAUCGCCCUAACUUCCCACCUCAACCUUAUGGCAACGGCACCUUUGCGAACAGCACAAGAUUUCCUACCUACACUCCUAUACAGCCAACGACAUUAGCAACCAAAGUAUCCGCCUUGCCUACUGAAGCUCUGUCGUCUGCGCUUUCCAGCCUAUCCUCUGCUUCGUUAAAGAGCAAGUCAACCCGGACCGUCGUUGUAUCCCCAGUCCCUGUGACAGCUAUCAGCUCAACGGAAUCCGUUGCCCCUUCUUCCGCGCCAGCCGCUGCGCCUGCACCUUCGGCUGCACCAGUCGAGGCAGUCAAGGAGGAAACUUCUGCGGCUGCUGUCAAGGGCAAAGCCACUUUCUACGGGGGAAACGUUAGCGGAGGACACUGCUCGUUUACUGGAUAUACCCUUCCCUCAAACCUCUUCGGCACAGCUUUUGGAGGUAACUGGGACGCUUCCCAGUGCGGCUCUUGCGUUGCUGUCACCGGACCUAAUGGCAAGACCAUCAAGGCCAUGGUCGUCGACCAAUGCCCAGAAUGCGACGUCACUCAUCUCGAUCUCUUCGAAACUGGCUUCGAACAGAUUGGCUCGAAGUCUGCUGGCAUCAUCGACAUCUCGUACACUCAGGUUCCUUGCGACAUCACUUCCCCUAUUGUCCUCAAGAACAAAGAAGGCACUUCGCCGUACUUCUUCAGUAUGCAAGUCGUCAACUCCAACGUUGCCAUCUCCAAGCUCGAGGUCUCGACCGAUGGUGGCGCGAGCUGGAAGGCCACGACUCGCCAGCCAUACAACUUCUUCGAGAUCUCUGGCGGCAGUGGAAAGGAUACCGUUGAUGUCAGGGUUACCAGCGUUGGUGGCAACACUGUCAUCACCAAGGACGUCAGUGUUGCAUCUGGGUCGACCAAGACGGCCGAACGCAACUUCUCCGCUUAG